UUUGAACUGUACACACAUAACUGACUUGGGCAGUCUUCCGUGUAACUGUUACUAACGUAUCGCCAUUGUUUUGUUCAAAAUUGCUAUCGUAACAAGAUCUCUACUGUUCGGUGUAGCCUUGGUUGGUCAGAUUACCAGAAUUGGCAGAAUAUCUUCAACUAUGUCAUUGCAUGUCAAAUCCAGAGAAAAAGUUUACCCAGGUUCUGGUGGGAUAGAAAGGGCUUAUGUACCAGAUGAUAAGGUGAGCUGGGAUUGUGAGUGGACUGACUAUUCCCCAACGAAUUAUACAGCACCAAUUGUUGCAGAGCAUCCAGUAUGGGCAGAUCCAGAUAUAAUGGGAAAACCAGACCACAAUUUAAAAUUCAAUGAGAGGGAUGGAAAUAUUAACAGAGUGAGUCACAUGCCAAAGCCUUAUGAGGUCAUCGAUGGAUUUCCAAGGAAUCCAUGUGGUAGAACAGGAAUGAUUGGUAGAGGGUUUUUAGGUAAAUGGGGUCCAAACCAUGCUGCAGAUCCAAUUGUAACACGGUGGAAAAGGAAUGCAAAUGGUGAUGUUAUAUGCAACCAAACAACUAAUAAACAAAUACUUCAGUUUGUAGCUAUUAAGAGGAAAGACACUGGUGAUUGGGCGAUACCAGGGGGUAUGGUUGAUGCUGGAGAUACAGUUUCAGCCACACUAAAACGGGAAUUUGGUGAGGAAGCAAUGAACUCGUUGGAAGCCCCAGAAGAAGAAAGGAAUACAAUAGAAAAAGCUGUAGCUAACUUAUUUAGGUGUGGUACAGAAGUAUACAGAGGAUAUGUUGAUGAUCCUCGAAAUACCGACAAUGCCUGGAUGGAAACGGUAGCAGUAAAUUUCCAUGAUGCAAAAGGAACUAGUGUUGGGAAAUUUAAACUGCAUGCUGGUGAUGAUGCCGGAGAUGUCCAGUGGGCUGAUAUUAGUGGAAAUAUUAGCCUUUAUGCUAGUCAUGAACUAUUCAUAUCUAAAACAGCAGAAAUCUUAAAAGCUCAUUGGUGAUGGUUUAUGCGUUCUUCUUGUAACUGUAAAAAAAUUUAUAA